CAUUAUCACAAAACCUUGGUUCACUUUGGGAUCCCAUUACAAUGGUAGAAAAUAUUAUACUAUAAUUUCUUCUCAGGCUUGGACAUUGUCGUUUUAUUUAAUGCUCACCUUCAUAAAAUAAAUAUAGUGUCGUCACCUAUCUGCAAUUAUUGCAAUUCAAGUAGCCAAACUUUGGAUCAUCUUUUCUUUGAAUGUAGUCAUUUUACUCUUGCUAGGAUUCUUUUCAUAGAUCAUCUUCUGUAGAGUUAUCAUAAACUUUAAAAUAUUGUUUUAAAGUUUAUGAUAACUCUCCAGAACAACUACCGGAGAUAUAUAAAAUUUAAAUUAUGACAUAACGGACAAAAAGUGAAAUAUUUUGAUCUGACAAUUUGUGAUAUUAUACUUUGAUUUUACUUUUACAAUAAAAACAAGGCCUUCGUGGUGAUAUUCUUUAUAUUGUUGUUUAUUAUUAAAGACAUGGCCAAUUUUUUCCUAUGAUAUUGAAGAAAAAUUUUGUACAACAGACAAUGGCUGUGUGGGCUUAGCUCUCUGCGCUUUUUCUUUACAAAACAAUCUAUAUGUGUCAAUGUCACAAUUUUCACUAAGUGGGUAAGGUUAUGUUAAUGGUCAAACGGUAAUAAAAAUGCAAAAAAUACUUACUGUUGCGAAGAUGAUAUCUAAUACAUUGGGGAACAAAACUAUGAUUGCACCAAAUUUAUAUGGAAGCUUUAAAAAUGCAACCGAAAGCAGGUUACUUACUCCGAUCACUCCAAUGAUUAAUCUUAUUUGUAACAUGAAAGUCAAAGGUAGAGUUCGAAGACGCUGCAAAGCCUGCUAUUUUGUAGUAAGAGAUCAACGCUAUUAUAUAAUGUGCCCUAAAUUUCCACGCCACAAGCAAAUGGCUAUGAGACAAAAACCACACAACAGAUACAUAUUGACUAGCGCAAGUCAAAGCCCUGUGAGACCAUGGUGAUGACCUACACAUCUCAUUUUACUUAGCCAAAAUAAGUAGUAAACAUAAAUAAAAUAUUCAUACUUCACAUAGAUUUCUUUUUCUUUUAUUAUACUCUUUGUUUAGUGUAACAAAAUGUGUGGAAAUACUAUUUAUAAUAAAUGAAAAAAAAAUCUUAAACAACCUCUUGAGUUUCAGUCGUAGGCCUGCCUAACAAAUUUAAGUUAAAAAAAAUUGUUAAUAGUAUAU